AUGACGAUCCACAAAUCUGUGCUCCGGGACCACGGACAGCGGUACCGGCCGCGCAUGGCCUGCCUCCCCAAGGCCGAGAGCCUCGUCCUCCAGAUGCAGGACCCGAAAUCCGGACUCAAGUCUCAACCCCAAAGACUCGUCACUCAACCACCACUCCCCCAUUGUGUUUCAGGAGAAGACAUCGUGAGCUGGUUAUCUGAGCGCUUCAACAUCGACGCGACAGAGGCGCGCAGUGUGGGCUCCAUGCUGGUCGCCCUGGGUUACCUGUACCCGCUUCAGGACCACAAGAAACUGUCAAUCAAACCGGACGCUUCACUCUACCGCUUCCAGACGCCGUACUUCUGGCCGGCGCAGCAGUGGCCUGUGGAGGACACAGAUUAUGCAAUCUAUCUCGCAAAAAGAAAUAUUCGCAAAAAAGGUCUCCUGGAGCUGCACGAGCAGGAGCAGUACAACCGACUGCACAAGUGGAUGAACCACAAAUGGGAUUUUAUCGUGAUGCAGGCGAAAGAACAGUACAGAGCAGCAAAGGAGCGAAAAAAACCCGACCGAGUCGUGUUCGAGUGUCAAGAGAGAGCGUACUGGACCGUCCACAGACCCCCGCCGGGGACGGUGAGUGCGAUGGACUACGGCCUGGACCGAAGAGCCGACCCCAACACAGAACAGGCGCCGAGUCCAGACGUCUACGAGAGAACAAUGAUCUUCACGCAGCAGUCCAUCAUGAGGCCCCGAGUCAAGUCGUCCGUGUCUCUGGGAGCUCUGGUGAAACACUGCUCCACGUACCUGAGCCACGACCCGUUCCUGUCCCGGUGUUUGCCGUCCAACCCCUGGCUCACGGACGACGCCACCUACUGGACGCUCAACAUGCCCAAUGUGGAGGUUCCGACCAAACAGCGCGUGGAAAGAUGGAGCUUCAGCUUCGGAGAACUUCUGUCCGACCCACGAGGACGAGACGACUUCAGACUGUUUCUGAGGAAAGAGUUCAGCGGGGAGAACUUGGCGUUCUGGGAGAGCUGUGAGGACCUGAAGUGGGGAGCAGCCGCGACGAUAAAGGAGAAGGCGGAACACAUCUACAAGACGUUCUUGGCGCGUGGAGCUCCUCGUUGGAUCAACAUCGACGGAAAAACGAUGGAGAUCACCAUAAAGUCCCUGAAGCACCCUCACAGAUACGUGCUGGACGCGGCGCAAACUCACAUUUACAUGCUCAUGAAGAAGGAUUCUUACGGACGAUACCUGAAGUCUCCAGUUUUCAAAGAGACUCAGAGAAAAGCCCUGAGCCCCGAGGAGCACAAGUUCACGGACUCGCAGCUGGAGCAGAACGCUCGCAGUCGCCGCCCGAGUCUGAGUCCGAUGGUCCUGAGGCAGCUGGAGCAGGAGAGAAGAGCCAAGAUGGCGGCCGCCGCUCCGGUCGACAUCACGCAGUUGUGCAGGUUCACGACGCCGGUUCCUCACUUGGCCGUGUACUCUGGUUUCUCUGACUCCUCCCCCUCCUCUUUGCCCCUCCCCUCGGCGACGCCCACCUGUCCGUCACCCAUCAGCGUCGCCCUGGAAACCACCUCGACGACAGAAGCACAAGACCCGCCCCCUCUGGCCUCCGCGACCCCGCCCCGCUCCAGGUUCGGCCUAUCGCUGCGCAGGUUACUCCGGAGGGGGUGCGGCUCGUCCGGCGUCUUCGCCUCGCUCUCGCCCAAAUGUCAAUCGACGCCAGGGGGAGGGGCCGGCGGCAGGGUGCAGCCAAUCAGCAGCGAGCAGCAGGGACAAGCCCCGCCCAGACGCUUUGGCAAUUUUUUCCAGAUUAAAGUGGACAUGCCUCCGGAGUGCAGGAUCUACCCCAUCGAGUCUGAGGACGAGGAGGAGGACAGGGCGCCCUCUAGAGGCCUGGGCACCAAGGAGAUCAUCUGCCCCUGGGAAAGCCUCACCGCCCACAACGGCACGUCCUAA